UAGAAGACAACUGGUGAACACGGACACAAUAUUCAGAAAUAUUCUGUUUCUUUUAAAUUAGUUGAGUUGUAAUAUUGGAGGCUGAGCAAUAAAACCGUGCGAGAAAGUUGGAUAGAACAUUAUUUUAUGGUCUGCAGUGCCUAUUUUUAAUAGAAUUGAGAAGAUGAUAGGGCUAAGGACAGUAGUACUUUUCCUUGCCGUUGUCUGCGUUUCUCAAGCAACGCAUUUUCGAGGGGGAACUUUCAGAUGGCGCCCAUCAUUGACACAAGGGCAGAUUGAAAUUUCAUGGCGUGUAUCAUGGAGGCGAUCAUACGCACCUCGUAAUGACUUCUGGUGUGAAUAUCCUGGACAGCAUUUGGGUGGUGAGGGCGAUAUUUUGUGCGUUGAGUGUCGCCGUCGAAUCUACAGACAGCUUGAUUUCAAUUGCACAGAUUUCAGCGAUCACAGUAGUGAAGACUGGAGCACUGGUGUCGGAUCCUUCCUGUACACCCCUGAUAGGGAGGUCUUUACUAUCAGGUACGAGGAGGAGUCCACCAGUUACUGGAUUUAUUUACAAAACUAUGGCGAUGCCAACUAUUGGAAUAUGAUUUCAACAAUUGAUCUCCGACCUCGACCCGAUACGCGACUACCUAACGCGUCACCAUACACCACUGUUAUCCCCAUCAUCAGGGUGCAACAAGGCUGCUCUAGCAAAAUCAGAAUCCCAGUGAAUGAUCCAGACAGGGACACCGUCAGGUGCAGAUGGACAAGUCCACAUAAAAACGAAUGCCCACCUACUCAGUUUGAUCAUUCUGUUUGCGGUCGUCUCACCGAAGGAAGCACCCUAGAUGCUGAUGAGUGUGAAAUUUCCUUCCCAUCGACAGCCGAGGCUGGUUGGUACGCUGUGUCCAUGAUGAUUGAGGAUUUUGCAACCCCAUCUUCAACCAAGGCUUUAAGUACCAUUCCCCUACAAUUCCUCAUCAAAGUGUUUCCUCUCGAUGAACCAUGUCGCCAACCUGAAAUCUUUGAGCCUCCGGGCACCUGCUUUUACUUGAAGCCUAACAGACCGUGGAGUAUUGACGUCAAGGCGCGAAGUGGUCGUCGGGGUGUUGGAAUUGUUGAGAUUGGAACUGUUUCACCAGCCGGAAUGACGAAAACACCAGUGAAGCGAGUAAACCGCUCAAAGAACGACUAUGUGGUUACCCUACAGUGGAUUCCUCGUGAAGCUGGUGUCCAUUUUGUCUGCAUGUACGCAAGAGAUACAUACGGAGUUACAAGUGACCAGAGGUGCCUAAGAUUGAUUGUUACAGGUUCCCCGGCAAGUCGGAUUGCUCCACAGCCUCCGAAGAUCGUACCAAAAAAAUCAUUUCCAUCACCAUUGCAACAUGUUAUUCCUGAAAACGACGAAUGGGUUAUCAGUUUUGAUAAGCCGAUUAAAAGACCAUCAACACCAACGUUCAUUGAACUUGUUGACCCAACAAAGCCUGUACCACCAAUCUAUAGGGUCGAUGCAGCAUCAAAUGAAGUGAGGUUUAAUGAGACGUCCCUCUCGUUCAAGACCCCAGGACUUCUCCUAAAGGACAAUACCAUGCACAUGAUCUCAGUCGAUCCUGGUAUUGCACGCGUCCAGAACCCAGAUCCUUGCGCAGCUAGGACGGACACACAACAGAGCGGUUGGAUGUUCCGUACAAAUUCGUCACUCAUUCCGCGUGAACCCGUAGUUGAAUGCCAUGAUUCUCACAUGACAGUUUAUAUCCACCGAAGCAUCCUUCGCGACGUCAGUUCACGUCGUCUGCAUCUCCACGACCCUGUCUGUCGAGGAAGAGAUCUGAACGAAACCCAUGUGAUUUUACAAACUGGCUACAACGAAUGCGGAACAGUUAUUCGGGCAAAAUCGGAUAACAUCGCACUCUACCGAAACACAAUUCGUGACCGCCCCAGAUCAGAGAAAGGUGCUAGCAAGAUUUCGCGAGAUUUACGACAUCUUGAAAUUAAAGUAAUCUGUGAGAUGGAGAGUGAAGGCUUAACCCAUGGGCAUUUCUUACCCAAGAUGGCAAAAAAGACAUACGUAGCAAAGAGUGAAGGCCGAAGCAACUUUACCUUCCAGAUGUUCGAAUCUGCGGACUACAGACGACGCGUGAGUCUCAACGAGUACCCUGCGCUAGUACAAAUGCGCCAAAGAAUGUACUUUUCUGCUAAAGCCAGAGACACUUCGAAGAGGAUCCUCAUCGAAAGCUGUAAGGCUACUCCUACGUCAGUUCCCGGAAGCAGAGCCAAUCAGCUUUACGAGUUUGUAAAAGACGGAUGUCUAAUUGACAGCACUAUGAGAGUAGAGUAUACUCCCUCGAUCUCUGAACAGCGAUUUUCUAUUGAAUCCUUCUCUUUCAUGUUCCAUGGUCUACAUGGAGAGGUUUUCCUGAGCUGCCGGGUGUUAAUAUGUGACCCUACCGAUAGGUUCUCUCGCUGCAGUCAGGGGUGUUCCAGUGACAACAGAGGCAAACGAUCAGUAAGCGACAUAUCCGCUGAAAUGGUACUGCCCUUGGCAAUUUAAAUAUAGAUAUCCCGAGGAAAACGUAGAUUUCUACAACUGCAUUACAUUUGAAACGUUGAAGAAACGGAUAUUAAUAUCAAGACACACGAAACGCAUGAAGAGGCAUGAAGACGCGUGGAGACACUUAAAAUAGUGUCUCGUGUGUUCCACGAGGACCGCAACGCUUCAUUUGUAUAGCAUUUCGUUGAGAGGUUUUUCUAAAUGCUUAAAGUUCUGCUGAAUUCUUGACAUAAUAAGGUAUUGGUUUAAAAAAAACCGAUACCAUUCGGAUUCUGUGAUAUUUGUAUAUAUUGUAUUGUCUAACCUCUUGGUCAUAUUUUAACAAUGGAAAGAUUUCUGAUCUGUCAGGGAAUUUCAAAAAUCUGGGACAAAGCUUUAUUGUUGAAUAAAUCUGUAUACUAAAAACUUUAGACCAGCUAACUUGAAAUUUCCCGAAAUUAUGUAAAUAUGGAAAGAGCUACUCUAAAAUCAUUGGAUGAUUGUUGUCACGUGUUUAGCUGUUGACUAAACUGAGGGUCACGCGAUGUACCUAACAGAAUGUUCGUAAUUAUGGGAAAGCUAUUUUUUAGAGUUGAAUUUAGUGUUUUUCAAAUAUAAUGGUAUUUAAAAUAUAUUAUGAGCUAGCUAUGUGCGAGUCAGUUCAAAACAUGGAAUUUAACUACUGCGGCACCAAUUUCCGCAUAUAAUUAUAGUAAAAUACAUUAUUACGUCAUACCUAUUAUUUAAAUUGAUUGUACUUAUGGUAAUGUAAACCAGUUCAGUAUAAUAAAUAAAUAACAGCACUGCCUUAUUAUUAUGUAUAAAUUAAAACUGCACUAUAGACCUGCGAUCAUACGAUAUUAUUUUGGAAGCUAGAUAGAUAGCAUUGGAACUAGUGUGCCUUGUGUGCGUUUCAUGAUUACUGAUUUCAGAUCGCUAUAUAAACUUUGCUCAGGUUAUUCAUAUUAUUAUUAUUAUUAAUAUUAAUAUUAUGAAAAAUACAUAAUAUUAUGCAUGCAGCCAAAAAAAAAAACCAAAAAAACCAAAAAACAAGUAGGCCCUAUACCUCGCGUUGAAAUAAUAAUAAUAAUAAUAAUAUAAUAAUAGAUUCAUAACAUUGAUUUAAAUUAAAGCAGCUGAUGAAAUAGCGCAUAGAAAACAUGAUAAAUGUUAUGUACAGAAUUAAUUGCUGGUAAAUUAAUAUUAAUUACUAUUCGACCAUUAUAUAAUAUAUAGAAUUAAUUAAUUAAUUGAAAAAUAGACGUCGGGAUUGCUUAACUAUAGUCUCGGGGCAUAGCUUAAGUCGAUUAGACAAAUAUAUACUGGCUUUCAUUACCCUUUGAAAAAUUAAUUGUGGUAUUUAUUAUCUCAAAUACCGUAAGUUAUGCAUGGCCCAGUGUCGUCACGUUUAAAAUACUGCUAUUUAAAAAAAAAAACUCUUAUUAUAAUAUCGCAUCAGAUCUGCUCAUGAUAGAAGUGAUCGUGAACCCAAACCUACUGGAACAGUGGAUGGAGGUCAUAGAUGAUGAUUAAUUUAAGUAAAUAUUUUCUGAAUUAUGAAACAAAAAUGAAUGACGAUUGAUGUUUGUCUAGCACCAUAUUUAUAGACAUAGGCAUAUUGCUUACAUUAAUAAUGUAUACAUGUUUAUAUUUUUCUUCGGUACAAAGAGAAGUAAUAAAAACAGCUAUCUUUGAAA